CCCCAAAAGUUCAGUGACCGACUACAAUGGUUAUAAAUGGGUCCCACCUGAACAGCUCCUCGCCAGACGCGCUGCUCAGCCGCCCGCCCUGGGUCACCACCACUUUGGGCUGCUUCCUCAUCUUCACCAUCGUGGUGGACAUCCUGGGGAACCUGCUGGUCAUCUUCUCCGUGUACCGCAACAAGAAGCUCAGGAACGCAGGGAACAUCUUCGUGGUGAGCCUGGCAGUGGCAGACCUGGUGGUGGCCAUCUACCCGUACCCUCUGGUCCUCACCUCCAUCUUCAACAAUGGCUGGAACCUGGGUUACAUGCACUGCCAGAUCAGCGGCUUCCUCAUGGGCCUCAGCGUCAUCGGCUCCAUCUUCAACAUCACCGGCAUCGCCAUCAACCGCUACUGCUACAUCUGCCACAGCCUCAAAUACGACAAACUGUACAGUGACAAAAACUCGGUGUGCUACGUGCUGCUGAUCUGGGCUCUGACUGUGGUGGCCAUCGUGCCCAACCUGUUUGUGGGCUCGCUCCAGUACGACCCGCGGGUUUACUCCUGCACCUUCGAGCAGUCGGCCAGCUCGGCGUACACCAUCGCGGUGGUUUUCUUUCACUUUAUUUUACCCAUCAUGAUUGUCACCUACUGCUACCUGCGCAUCUGGAUCCUGGUCAUCCAGGUGAGGAGACGGGUCAAACCCGAUAACCGGCCCAAGCUGACGCAGCACGACGUCAGAAACUUUGUCACCAUGUUCGUGGUGUUUGUGCUCUUCGCCGUUUGCUGGGCGCCGCUCAACCUCAUCGGCCUGGCCGUGGCGAUCAGGCCGCGGGUCGUGAUUCCCCUCAUCCCCGAGUGGCUGUUCGUGGCCAGCUACUUCAUGGCCUACUUCAACAGCUGCCUUAACGCCAUCGUGUACGGCGUGCUGAACCAGAACUUCCGGCGCGAGUACAAGCGCAUCGUGGUCUCGGUGUGCACGGCUCGCAUCUUCUUCCAGGAAAGCUCCAACGACGCGGGGGAGAGGCUCAAGAGCAAACCGUCACCGCUCAUGACCAACAAUAACCAGGUCAAGGUGGAGUCGGUUUGAGGAGGACUGAGAGGACACCAACACACACAAAUAUAAAAAAAGUGGGAAAAAUACCAAAUAUACAUUUAAAACAGUGUCUACCCUCUGGGCUGUUCACAGACUGUCACGCUGUAUGGUGCUAUAUCUGACCUCAGAGCAAUCACAGUAAAAACAGGGGUGCAUCUUAUCUUUGUCUUUGAUCGAGCACUUUGGUUUGACUCUGCAGUAUCUGUAGUGCCGUAAAAAUAUAUGACGUUGGUUUUGUUUUCAUGUUUACAGUGAUGAUAUAAAUGUAUCAUGCAUUAUAUUAAGUAUUUAUUUUGUAUGAAGUGUCACGUAGGUAUAUGGUGAGAUAUAUAUCAGGUUACGGUUACAUGAAGAAAGGCCACUGUGUUUAAAAAAAAUAUAUAUAUUCUAGUCAACAUUUUGAAAGUAGAAGGAGAAGUUUAUAAAUGAAGUUAGUCGAUUUUAAUAACCUCAUUUGUGACUCUGUAAGACUAAUUAAGUGCAAGCAAUGUGGGUUGCUGCUGUCUUAUUAUAUCCUGCACUACCGUCCCUUUCAUUCGGUGGAUUAUAUAUUUUGGUAAGAAAGAUCUCUCUCUCUCUCUCUCUUGCCAGCUCAUUAUAAUGUAUGCAUGAAUAUCAGGAAUUGUUCAUAUGCAAAAUAAAAAUCUGAUAUUGAUGGGA